AUGAGGAACCAAAAAGGCCCUUUUAAAGCUAUAAUUAUAGGUGGAGGCCCGGUCGGACUCGCGGCCGCACACGCUCUUCACCUGGCUGGUAUCGACUUCGUCGUCCUUGAGCGUCGGCCCGCCAUCGUUGAAGACAAGGGCGCCAGUCUUAUUGUCUACCCUCAUACAUUCCGAGUCUUGCAUCAAUUUGGCAUCUUAGAUGAAUUACUACCGCGUGGUGGGGAGUUGUUUCAUCAUUUGUCAUUCACGGCCGACGGACAGGUCUUCAGUGAGGGGAAUCGAUAUAACCAGAUACGUGAGAAUCACGGCUCUGCCCCAGUUGCCUUCCACCGCGCCGAAUUGAUAGAAGUCAUGUACAACGGCCUAUCCCCAACCGCUAGAGAGAAGGUCUUGACGGACAAGGAUUUAACGGACAUUAAAAUGACUCAGGAUGGAGUCACUGUAACCUGCACCGACGGCAGUACUUUCCAUGGUUCAAUCGUCAUUGGCGCCGACGGUGUCCACAGCAAAACGCGUCAAAUAAUGCGCGACCUUGCUCUCAAAGAGUACCCAACAAGGGUAUGGGAUUCCCAGCGGCCGUAUACAGCAACAUACCAGCUUCUCUUUGGAUCAUUUCCGUCGCCGGCACCAGCUGGUCAGGGGUAUGAUAUCCAGUCGAAGGGGAAGGCGAUCAUGUACUUUAGCGGGCCGGAGAAGGGGUGGUUCUUCCUGUACAAGAGGUUACCAAAGCCAACGAGCGAACGAGCGAAUUAUACGAAUGAAGAAAUCGAAGCUCUCGCAGCGGAAUUUGCAGAAUUCCCGCUGACCAGAACAGUCAAGGUCAAGGAUGUCUGGCCGCGAAUGCUAGGGGCUGGACUGACGAAUCUGGAAGAAGGAAUUGUUCACAACUGGAGCUUUGGGCGCGUUGUACUUGUUGGUGAUUCUUGCCACAAGAUGACAACCCAUCUGGGCCUAGGGUUCAACCACGGAAUCCAAGAUGUGGUUGUGCUGUGUAAUAGCCUUUGGAACGCGAUUCGGAAAGCGCCUAGUGGAAAACUCGACAUUCUGGCUCUUACCAAUCUCUUCGAGGAAUAUCAGACUGUCCGGAUGAGCUCUGUGUGCUCGCUCAAGGGGGAUGUCUUGAAAUCUGGACUGGAGACGAGGAUGCACGCAUGGCAUAAUGUCUGGUACUAUAUUUUCUCGCGGUACCUGUCGCUUCCAAAGGUGGUUGAAAACAUAGUAUUGCGCUUUGUUAUGGCACCGGAGUUUCGGAAGGGGCAGGUGUUAGCUUAUGUGGCCAAAGAGGAGCGAAUGAGGGGAAAGAUUAGUUGGAUAUAUCCAAUGACACCUCCGAUGAAGAGGGAGGACCUUCAAGCCCAUUGUGAUUCAUUUUCUCAAACAGAUCAAUAA